AUGGCCUCCCCAUCUUCCCCCGAUCUAGUCGACGCUCCUCUACCCAAACGCAUCAUCAUCUGCUGUGAUGGAACCUGGUAUGCCGCCGACAAAGGCGACAACAACCUCCCUUCCAACGUCGCGCGCCUGAGUCGAGCUCUGAAGAAAGUCGGAGAAGUAAGUUAUGGCCCAGAGAAAGGCCAGAAGCGGGCACAGGUUGUGUAUUACCAGUCAGGUGUUGGAACAGGAAAGCUGGGGACACUUGACAAAGUGUGGCAAGGUGCUUUUGGUGCUGGAUUGGAUGAGAAUGUCUGCGCCGCUUAUAACUUUCUUGUUAACAACUAUGCGCCUGGCGAUGAUGUAUUCCUCUUUGGUUUCUCACGCGGCGCUUUCACAGCUCGAGCCGUCGCUGGUCUUGUCUGCCACGCCGGUCUCCUGAAGCCACAUUGCAUGGAACAGCUCUUCUACAACAUGUAUACUGCGUACCGUUCCCGCAAACCUGCUCAAAACGGUCGUCCGGCCGAGCACCUGUCCGAAACAGCGUGGGCGAAAGAACUUUACAAAUCAGCUUAUGAGACAGAAGAGCAAGCUGCAGAGAAUGAGAAGCGGCCCACGAACUGGGAGAUGUACGCCGCACACUCGGAUCAGGACGUACAGAUCAAGGUUAUCGGAGUCUUCGAUACCGUAGGGUCUUUAGGUUUGCCUGAUGGAGUGGUAAACUCUUGGUUAGGAACAGGAGAAAAGUACAAAUUUCACAACACAAGUUUGGACUCUAAAAUCAAGCACGCAUUCCACGCCCUAGCCCUCGAUGAACACCGUGGCUCUUUCAGUCCAACGCUGUGGUACAUACCUGAGACUGACGAUGAAACUCUACUAAAGGAGACUCGUUUGGUGCAAUGUUGGUUCCCCGGCUACCACGCCAAUAUCGGCGGUGGUACGACAGGUGAAGGCAAAGACGACAAUGACAUUGACGAGAUCACAUUCGCGUGGAUGUGCGAUCUCGUAAAACCAUACCUAACAUUCGACCGCGAAGCCAUCAAGCUCAUCAUCCCAUCCAAAACCGACCUCCCACCCGUGCGAUUCCACAUGGGCAAACGCACCCAAACCGACUCCAAAAUCGGCACAAAGAAAGCCGCAGUCAAGAAGAUCGUCAAGAAGGUCGAAGUAUUAACAGCCAGCUACGCAACCUCAAAACUCGAUGACACAUACGGUAUCUCCUGGAAAGCAGCAGGCGGCGACGUCCGCCGUCAACCCGGCGAAAUCAAACCCCUCGGCGACGAAAACAAAGUCGUUAAAGAUGUAGAAACGCGCGAAUGCAUGCACCCCUGCGUCGCCUACCGCGAAGUCUACAGCGGCGGCGCCCAUCGCUGUCCCUCUCUCGCUCCGGUCAAAACUGGAGGCUGGCUCUACCCGACCGUCGACACGAAAUGGGAGCAUCGCAAGGCGAAAGAUGGGAACGGGUUUGUGUGGGUGAAACGUGAUAAUGUGAAGGGCGUGGAGGGGCCGGAGAUCACGCAGUAUGUGAUUCCGAAGUAUAAUGACGAGGAUGGGAUUGGGAGUCUGGAGAGGUUACUGGUGCCAGAUGAGUAUUUGGCGAUACUGGAUGAGGCGAAUGUGGAGAUUAAGGGGAAUGGGUUGAGGUGUGGACAUGAGGUUGGGCAUGCGCAUGAGGAGGGAGUUGUUUGUUCUUGA